UUGAUGUUCAACAAGUUGGUUAGCUUAGAAUAAACAAACGUCAAAAAAAAAGAAUAACCUCAAAUAUGGAGACUGUUGCAGUUGAUGAUCAAUGGAUUGAAACGUUCAAGACGAUUUCAAUAGAAGAGAUCAACUCACCAACAAAAAUAAAUAAAUAUGAAAUUCCUACAAAUUUUGAUUGUGAGGAGUUUCAAAAAAUGAUGACUGAAAAAUGCGAAAAGAUUUCGGAACAGCGUAAAAUACGCAUGAAACGCAUGAAGCCACUAUUUGCAAGUCAACCAAGACUACAAAUGAUUUGCAGAGAUUGGCACAAUGGUUUUCUUGAUUCAGGCUUUACGACAUAUAUUUUUUAUGGUGCAACUGUUAUAUCAUUUAAAAGACAAGAAAUUGAUUUGAAAUAUGUGAUCAAUCUCUGUGGAUAUAAUUUGACGGAGCUUCGCUUAUAUGAUUAUCAUGGAGGUCUACAUGUAGAUGAAUAUCCUUGUUCUCAACUGAUGCCAUUGAUUAAAUCUAAUUGUUUUAAUCUGACGAAACUUGUAUUAAGAUUUAAAGAAAUGGAAAGUAAUGAUUGUGAUAAUGUUUUUUCUAACAUGAGUCAUCUUGAAGAAUUAUCAAUUUAUCGGGAAUGUGAAAACUCAACUUUACCAAUGACUUUGAUCAAGUCAUUAGAACACGUUUGUGAAACCUUGAAAACUCUUGUCAUUAUAUGUCAUCCUGAACCAUUGAGUUAUCCAUAUCAAGUACCAGUUUCAUCUGUUUCAUCUGUAUUAUCUCCAGAAACCGAAGCUUUAUUGACUGUCAUUAGUAGUAUGAAAAAUCUCGAGUCUACAACAAUUAGAUUGGAUUAUGGUUUUACAGAUGAAUUUUUCAUAAAUCUUAUUAAUAAUUCUAAAAAUUUGAAAAAUUUAAAUAUAUGUGGUUCAAAUAUAACGGAUAAAGGUUUAAUUGCAAUUGAUAAGUUACAUCAAUUGAAAAUCACUAAUAGCUCAGUGAUUGAACUUGUUAAAAAUUUACCAAAUUUAGAAACUCUCUAUAUUCAAAAUACAAAAGCAACUAUUGAACUUGUCGAAGAAAUUACUAAAUUAACAGAAGAUCGUCAACGAAAAUUGACGGUAUGGGUUUCUUUUAAAAUGAAUGAUAAUAAUGAUUCACCUGCAACAGUUAUUAACCCAGCACUAACUUUCAUAGAUACUAUUGGAUCUCUUGGAUAUCUAAAAUCAACGCAAGCAUUACAAAAAAAAAAUGAUGGUACUCCAUUGUCAUUAUCUACAUUCAAUACACCUGGAUCAAUCAAAAAGACACCAGGUAUUUUAGCACCAACACCAGCUAAAAAUAAAGUAAAUAUUAAUCCAGAAACAAGUAUUGAUGGAGCUCAAACACCGGCUGAACAAAAACAAUUAAAACAACAAUCAUCGCUUAAUCUUGGUGCAUUACCAGCACCAAAAAAUCAUUAUCAAAUUGUCAUACCAGAUAAUGAAAUAACUGAUGAAACAGCUGAUAAUCAAGAUGAUGAUAUUAUUGAAGAUCAAGCUGACAUUGAUGCUAGAAAAUAG